AUGAGUGGCCCCAGUCAAGACGAAGUAGACCGAGUGCUGCGCCUAAAAAGCCGCGAGCGCGAAUCUCACGCCUGCUACCCCUGCAAGAAACGCAAAGUCAAAUGCGACGGGACUCAGCCCUGCAAAACCUGUCAAAGACGCAAACACCCGCAGAUCUGCACGUACGAGCUCUCGCAUUCCCGGCGCAGAUCGGCCUCGCAUCGAGAGAUUACUCGCUCGGCAUCGCCUGCUUCACCGCGUGCCGUGGGAGAUGAUAAUACUGAGAGGACUGCUCGGCCAGAGGAUAGUUCUAAGAAUUAUGUUUAUUCUGGGGAUAAUUCGGUUGUGUCUAUUUUGCGGUUGAGGGCGUCGGAUGCUAAUGAGUCGGUGGCGAGGGAGGUUGGGUCUGUUUUGGGGUUGCAGAAUACUUUUAAUAGUUAUCCUUUUAUGGACUCGAAGACACCGCGGGAUCGGUGGAAAGCAUUGCUGGGUGUGUUGCCGCAGAGAAAUGAGGUCUUGAAGUUCUUCCAUUACUAUCAGGUCACUGCCUACCCGUUCAACCCGAUAUUGACAGACAUGGGCCGGUUCGAAUCUGAUCUAUACACCUAUCUGAAUGCCCAUUCUGAAGGUGAAUUCAAAACUUCUGACAAGAUCACAGAGCGGUGGGCGACAGAUCAAUCUAUUGGUCAUAUCAGUCUUCUGCUUGCCACCUUGGCCGCAGGAGCGCAUUACUCCGAUAUUGAGUAUCCUCAGCGACUGGAGCUCGCAACAGACUUUGCUCGCAGGUCCUUUCAUGCCCUCCGCUUAGCCAAUUUUCUCUUCCGGCCAUCUCUGGACAUCAUCCAAGCACUCCUAAUUCUGGGUAAUACAAUGCAAAACAUGGGCCAAUCUGAUGCGGCAUGGGCACUGCUCGGUACGACGGUGCGACUCGCGCAGACGAUGGGGCUGCAUACGCAACGAAGCACGGCACAUCUGCCUGAGCAUGUGCAAACCAAGGCGCGGACGCUUUGGUCAACCAUCGUCUGGCAAGAUAGUCUUCUCUGCCUAUGCUACGAUCGCCCACCCAUCGUCACAGUAACGGGGUGGCCCCUCGACAAACCUGUCUUCGAACAUCAGGAUUUAUCAUACGAGGCUGUAAUGCACCUGAUAUGUCGACUUGGCCUGGAUAUCAUGCGAGCAGAGACCAUCGGACUGGACGAGGUCGAGCAAGCAAUUGGCUACCUACAAAGACUGGACAGCAUUUCCCAGCGCGGCCAGUCCUACCUCCAAUCCAAAGAAAACUGCACCUCUCUCCAGCAAAUCCUUCAACAUCUAGCACUCAGAAUGCACACCUCAUUCUGCGUAUCGGUAAUCUGCCGCCCAGCCAUGAAGAAGACCCCUCCACGACUCGUCCACCCUCAAUCCGAACUUCUUCGGUCCCGCGCAAAGGGAAGCUUGAUCGAUGCAUCAAAGGCUUUUCUGGAAUUCCAAGCCCUCAGCGUGGUACCGCUCCGCAGUUGGUCAAUGGUCCAUACAGUGCUGAGCUCGACACUGCUCCUCUGCAUCUGGGAAGAAACCCGGAAUGACCCCGAAUGCCGCAGUCUGCAGCAGCGUGUAAUUGAUGUGUUUUCCUCGUCGGAUUCCAGGGUCAGUGAUGAUGGCACUGCAGUGUCUGAUAGUGAAAGCCAGUGGUUAUCAGCUCGGCAUAUCAGGGCUCUGGUCACACUACGAAGUGCCUUGGAUCGAGAAGGAGAAAUGGGAAGUGCCGAGAAUGAGAAUUUGGCAGCUAUCGGCGCUAAUACUGCACCAAUGUUUGGAAUUGGGACGGAGGGGUAUCUGGAUAUGCUGAAUCCCAUGGACUUCUCACCUGUCUCAUACCUUGAUUCGAUCAUGAACGCGCCUCUAUUCGACUUCACGCAGGAUACAGGCUUCAUGUGA